AUGGCCCCAGUCACAAAGGGCGUCAUCCUCGUCGGCGGCCCCUCAAAGGGUACCCGCAUGCGUCCUCUGACUCUGGACUGUGAGUGUCCCUCAGUGCGCCAUCAUCAUCCGCUGCGCAUCACGCCCUCUACACCUACCCACAUCAACGUCAACAUAAUCGACCCCGAACCCGAUCUGCUGUUCAACGUUCGUCGAGCUGACAUCACAGGCCCCAAGCCCCUCCUCCCCAUCGCGGGCAAGCCCAUGGUGUGGCACCCUCUCGCGGCGCUCGCGCAGGUGCCGGGACUCACCGAUGUCUUCCUCAUCGGCUUCUAUGAGGACAGCGUCAUGGCCCCGUUCGUGAAGGAGGCGCAGCGCGAGUUCCCCAAGAUCAAGAUUUCCUCCGUGUCCAUUGGACAACUGUUCGGCUACUCCUCCAGAGCGGCGCUGCUCUGCGAGUCGCAUUCGAUCUGCUACUUGUGUCAUGCGGUAGCUAACCCCAGCUACCUCCGCGAAUACAAGGCCCUCGGCACCGCAGGCGGGCUGUACCACUUCCGCGACGCGAUCCUGCGCGCCCCAGUGCCGGACCACAUCUUCAUCUGCAACAUUGACAUCUGCUCGACGUUCCCGUUCGAGAAGCUGCUCGACGUGCACACGAAGCACCGCGGUGUCGGAACGAUCAUGGGUGUACCGGUCAAGAAGGAGAAUGCGUCCAAGUACGGCUGCAUCGUGUACGACCCGGACACGAGUGUCGUGCUGCACUAUGUCGAGAAGCCGGAGAGCUACAUCUCCAAUACGGUCAACGGCGGAGUGUACCGUGAAUCGCCACCGAGUCCAGCACCGAGGGUGCUCUCCGGUGCGACUCCACCCUCAUUAUCCCCAGCUGCCCUAUGUCCUUGGAGUCAGCUAACGGCAGUGUUCGACAAGGCGGUCUUCGACAGCAUCAAGGUAGCGAUGGACGAGAAGACAGCCCGAGCAUCCCUCAACCCCCUAGCGCCGUCGGACGAGAAGCUGCAGCUGGAGGAGAACGUGAUUGCGCCCCUCAGUGCAGCGCGGAAGAUGACCGUGUUCGUCUGCACCGAGCCGUGGCGGCAGAUCAAGACUGCGGCGUCGGCAUUGGCCGCGUCCGCGCUCUACCUGGACAGCUACAAGGCUCAGCACCCGGAGCUGCUGUACCACCAGCAGAAAGACCAACAAAAGGACCAGUCCUCGUGUCCCACAAUCGUGGAGCCGGUGUACAUCGACCCGUCGGCAUCUAUCGACGCCAGCGCCAAGAUUGGGCCCAAUGUCGCCAUCGGCCCGGGCGUGCAGGUCGGCGACGGCGUGAGGAUAUGCAACGCUAUGGUGAUGGAGGGCUCUGAGCUCGCCUCGCAUGCGGUGGUGAGCCAGGCCAUCGUGGGCGAGAGGUGCAGCCUUGGCCUGUGGGCUCGAGUUGACGGCGAGCCGGAAAGGGAGGACGAGGAGGGCAAGCGCGACAUUUCCGUGAGCGUGCUCGCGAGUGAGGUCGCGCUCAUGCCCGAGGUGCAUGUGAGGAGCUGUAUCGUGCUGCCUAACAAGACGCUGGGCAAGAGUGCCGCGAAGCUUGUGCUGCUGUAA